UGUGGGGCAAAGUCUACUGGGGGAGUGGCACCAUGGGAGCUCCAUGGGGAGAGGGUGCCAAACACCGCGGCCGUGCCAGUGCCCACGGGGGUGGUGAUACACACUAUGGCCAAGCAGCUGCUGGUGGCCUAUGGCGUGUGGGCUCUUGGGGGGCCGCUGGGGUUGCACCACCUCUACCUGGGCCAGGCCAGCCGCGCACUGCUCUGGAUGCUCACACUGGGUGGCUUUGGUGCCGGCUGGCUCUGGGACGUGUGGCACCUCCUGAGCUGGGUGGCCAUGGCCAACGGGGCUCCCGUGGCCCGCACCAGGCCUGUACUGGCGCUCAGUGCCCUGCACCUGGCUGGCCAGGUGUGGGUGGGGGUGUACUUCGGGCUAGCUGCGGCGCUGGGGCUGCCGGGGGUACCGGCGAUGCUGGCGCAGCCCCUGGCCGUGGGGCUCGGGGUGCAACUGGUGGCCUCGGUAGGGGACCAGACAUCGGAGGCCCCCCGCACGGUGGCCGCAGCCUUAGGCGCCCUCCUCCUGUUCCAACGCCGGGUGCUGGCGCUGUUGCCCAUCAGCGUGGCCGCUGCCAUCGCCGCCCAGCGGCACCGGGGCUACCGGCACCGCGGGACGUCGCGGCCCCGGCUGCGAGCCCGGCUCUACCGCCUGGCGCUGGCGCUUGUGGCCUUUGCCGUACCGCUCGCCUGCCGCGGGCUCAGCGGGGAGCUGGCGCUGGCCAGUGCGGUCACUGAGCUCCUGCUCCUGCCCCUCCGCGCUGGGCGGCUCCUGGCUGAGGUCUUGGGCUUUGCUGGAGGCUUCCAGGGAUGUGGCGCCAGCACCGAAAGGAGCGAGCGGCAGCGGAGGGCGUUUUGAGCCCCCUCUCGCCCGCAGGUCUUGGGUCUCCCACCCGGCUCCUCCAUCGAGGCCGUGCACCGGAGCUACCGGGAGCUGGUGAAGCUUUGGCACCCGCACCACAACCAGCACCACACAGAGGAGGCCGAGCGGCGCUUCAUCGAGCUGCUGGAGGCCUACGAGGAGCUGGCAGGGCCCAGGAGAGCCCCGGGGUGAUGCUGGGGCGCGUGAACACGAGUUUCCCUCUC